UAUAUAGCUGUGCGUCAAAAGUAUGCGUCUGGCUUGGCCACCAGGGCCAGAACGUCGCAAAAGUCUUCGCGUUCUUUCGGACUCUUGCAUUGGGCGACAGCUAUAAUAAAUCUUCCAUUGAAAACGUUUUGUUGGAGAUUUUCGAUUCAACAUUGAUGAAACCGAUUGAUGUUUGGCUCCAAAAUCCAUGGUUCACUAGAAGAUGGAGCUCGCUCUUAGCCGCGGUGCCAUGUUUUACCACGGACUUGAGAAGAUAUCUUGGAGAGAGCUCAGAGUCGCAUUAGAGUCCCCUAGAACAAGUGUCGCGCUAGAAAGCGAUCCACUCAAUACCAUUCUUGCCGUCCACAAGAAUAACAAGAAGAUCUUGAACCUCCUGAGGGAGUUUCAUGCAGCGGAGUGCUCGGACCCCAGGGACAAACUUUUUGCGAUCUACGGACUUGCAACUGAUUUGGAUUUCAAUAACGAGCUGCCCGAUACAAUCGCUGAUUCGGACGAUGUGACACUAUACUUUAAUCCGCGAACCAUUAAUGUCAGUGAAGAGGAGCGGUCCUUCGAUGGUAAAGAGCCCUUAAUUCACGCUUUAGUGGACUAUAACGAUACAACCGAGAAUUGUUUCACUCGAUUCACCAUCUCAUGCUUAAAGAUCGGCCUCUUACCUGAAAUUCUAGAGCAUGUCAAAUCAUUUGGAAGCCUCCACGAUCGGGGACAGCACAUUACUUUCAUGGGCUCCAGACUGGUCACAGUCAAGACAACAGCUAGGCAUCUUAAAGAACGAGCCACUGACCUUUCGAUAUUACAAUGCAGUGAUUUCAAUCUCGCUGCUCCAGCAACAGACUCUUCGGAUCUCAAUCACCCCUCCCCCCCCACCAAUCUUGAGAGUUUACUUCAGAUAUGGGAGGUUGUUCAUGUUCAGCCGAGUUCAGAAGAUCUUCGGAACAUCGGCUUUGGUUGGCUCUCCAUUGAAAGUAGUAAACGAGACUCUAAAUUGACAGACAAUUGGUUGCGUUUGAUGCCCGGGCUUAUUAAAGAGGCAAUCAACAACCUAGAAGGACUUGAAAAGCGACGCAGUAGCCUCGAAGAAGAUUCCUUAGAUGGUGGUUCCCAUCAAGAGGGAAAUUCAUUCUGUUUCCGCUAUUGGGAGGACGUUGCAAAGGAUCGGACAUUGAGCGUCAUGUCGAUGGUGAGGAAAAUGGAACUCCAAGCUCAUCCAAGAGGCGCUUGUGCCAGUUUUAGAAACGCUGCGAGAGCGAUGUUCUGUAUUUGUCGCUUAGUCGAACUUUUAUGAUGAUACCCUAUCUAUCGGCAUCGGGCCAUUCGACACUCAACCUCACGACCUCCUAUUGUCUAUAUCUGUUCACUUCGGCCGGGGUGCGCUUUUUUGACAAAUACCACGGCCUUCGUGUAUAGGGGAGCAUGGUACCGCAGACUCACUUACAGUUGAGCGGC